AUGGGAAUCACAGUUUCUCCGUUGACCAGAAUCAUCUCUUUAUCAGGGUUUCUAGCCCUUGGAUUCCUCCUGGUAAUACUGAGUUGCGCCCUAUUUCACAACUACUACCCUCUUUUCGACAUUCUCAUCUUUCUGGCUGCUCCACUGCCCAAUGCGCUAUUCAGCAAGCGCAAUUUCGAUUCGAGCGAUUUCAUGAGCGAUGCCAGCAGUAGCGUUGAGGAUGUUGGCUACUUUUUCACCGGGCUGCUUGUGACGAGCGGACUAGCUUUGCCCACGGUGCUAUACCAUUGUCAACUGAUCAACCAUUACAGCUGUAUCAUGAGCACCCUUGGGGGUGUCAUCAUCUAUCUCAGCAUAGUGGUAUUCUCCUGGUUUUUCAAUGCUGGUUGGGAUGACGAGGACGACGGGAUGUUCGGAUACUGA